UGCAUCCUUCCUGUAUCAACUUCUGAGUUCUCUUUGCGCAGAGCAUGUGGUAAAACUCUGAUCUCGUUCUCCAGACUUGGGUCCUGCUGUAGUUAAAAGAGCUAAAGAAAGUUUAAAAAAAUUUUCUCUGCCUCAUUUUAAGACACUUGGAAGUUUUCUAGUUCACAGCCAGCUGGUACACUAUUUAUUUUAGACAUCGCUGGUCCCUCCAUCCCAGGGUGUGAAGCCUCAUGGCUUAGCCUGGGAAGGUGAAAGGCUAUAUGGAACGAUGAUGUAAGAGAGAAAAAAAAAUACCAGUUUAAUAAUUACAGUUUAUCCCUAUAAUUACAUCAACAUUCUUCUUAAGCUGCUUCCAUAAAAGGACCAUAUUUCUCUUUGUACUAUACGUUUGAAUUCACCAGUACACUUCAAAAGAAAUUUAGACAGAAACUCAGUACUGCAGAGUGAUGGCAGGUGCCACAACUAAGUGCUGACACAAACUGUUAGAGGAGUGACCACCACAACUGAAAAAGUUCCUGUCUCUUGAUGCAGAGUAUGUGGGGUUCUUUUUAACUUAACUACUUUUCUUUUUUCUUUCUUUUCCUUUUAAAAGCUGGUUGACAGUUGUCUUCAUGCCUGGUUUGGUCACUUCUCCUAAAAUGCAAAACGGCGUUAAUAAGUUAAUGUCGUACAUUGGUAAAGUCUUGGCAUUGUUGGUUGAGGGAAGUUAAAGCAGGCAAGGUCACUGGACCUUGAAUUCUUAUUGCUAGAGUGAUAUAAAAGCAAAACCUAGAGUCAGAGCUGUCCCAGUCACAUAUUUAUAGACAAAUGAGUAGCUGAUUCAGCUCACAGAGUAUAGAAACAGUUUUGGCCCAGAAUUAUCUUAGUAGAUAUUGUAUGACUUGUAACUUCAGAACAAUUACAUUUUGACCACAAGGUGACAGUAUUAAUAGCUAAACUGCUUAUGUUAUUUUAUUUAUUCUUUAGUCAAAGAAAAAGAAUUAUGAGACAGUUUAACCAUUUAACUUUGUACUCUUGAACUAGAUGUGCACUUGGAUUUGGAAGACCGCCUGGCAAAAUUUAUGAAGACAGAAGAAGCCAUUAUAUACUCAUAUGGAUUUGCCACCAUAGCCAGUGCUAUUCCUGCUUACUCUAAGAGAGGGGACAUUGUGUUUGUAGAUAAAGCUGCCUGCUUUGCUAUUCAGAAGGGAUUACAGGCAUCACGUAGUGACAUUAAGCUAUUUAACCAUAAUGAUAUGGAUGACCUGCAGCGACUAUUGAAAGAACAAGAGAUUGAAGAUCAAAAGAAUCCUCGCAAGGCUCGUGUAACUCGACGUUUCAUUGUAGUCGAGGGGUUAUAUAUGAAUACUGGAACUAUUUGCCCUCUUCCAGAAUUGAUUCUUCUCAAAAUAUAUUGGCUACUUGAGAGAUGUCAUUACACUCCUGUGAUUUAUACAGAAGCAUACUGUCUUGUCCACUCUGACUGGCGGGCUUCCCCAUCAAGAAGUCUCUUAGUGAAACUCCAUGCCGCUCAGAACAAGCCAGACAUAACUCACUAUGGCAAGUUUGUACCUGGAAAUCACGGAGAUGUGAUGGCAGACAAGCGCUGUGGUCUUGGAGGAGUCUCGCCAAACUGUGAAGUGAAACCUGCAGAAUUUCCUGUGACAGCACUGACUUCCCAAUGCCUAGCAGCACCAAAACCAACAACACCAGGAGGAAAACACUUUAAAUCAGGAGAUACUGAAAUGACUUUGUAUCUGCCAAAUUAGGAGAGAGAGAUUGCACGCUGCCAUGGGUGCUCUAAUUUCAUUUCAUUUUUUUUUUUAAUAGAAAGCCUUCACCUCUCCUUUUUUGGUCACUUAAGCUUUUCUUGCUGGUGGUUUAAAAAUGUCUUUUAUUCCAUGACAUUAUAGGAAAGGCUCUUUUGGAGCCAUAGUUUAGUUAUAAAUGACUCUUGCACAACUGUUUUUUAUUUCCAUUUUGUUUCACUGAUUGAGAAUGUAAAUUGAACUUUAGUGCUAUUGUGCUUUGUUCUGCCUCUCUUUGUGGAAAUGUGUUCUGAAUUAAAGCCCACGAAUAAACCAGA